AUGGCCAGGGGUGGACUGACAACUCAUGGGGCCCCUGAGAAAUGAAUGCUGUGAAAAACAUUAGAAAAUAUGCAUUACGUUCAGGGGCGGACUGACAACUCAUGGAGCCCCCGGGCAAUAGGGAAUCAUGGGGCCCCUAUGUCCUUGCCCAAACUAAAAAAAAGCCUAUGAAAAAGGUACCAGGGGCAUCUCAUGGGGCCCCCUACUGACCCCGGGCCCUCAAGCAGUGCCCGAAUUUCCAAAUGGUCAGUCCGCCCCUG